AAGGUCUAGGUGAAAGCAACACAGUACUAUGAGUCACAUUGGGAAGUCACGGUAGCUACCAAAAGUUGGGAUUUCACAGGCAGGUAACCUCGAGGUAACCUUCCACCUAAAAAAGAAAAAAAAAAAUUCCAGAUGAUGGGAGAACAUGGAAUGCCAUGUGAUGGGGAGGAUGCUGCCUAUUGCAUGAAUGGAGGCACGUGCUAUAAACUUGCCUCCAUGGACACACUUUCCUGUGUGUGCAACAACUACUACAAAGGAAGUCGGUGCGAGCAGUUCCAACUGCUUCUCGGAUCCACCGACAAGGAGCAGGCGGGUUUAGUGGUAGCUCUGGUCCUUGUCGGACUCCUCAUCUUAGUGGUCUUUUCCGUUAUCAUCUACUUUACCUAUAAGAUGCUGAAAGCCAAGCGACAGAAGAAGCAGAGUCACACAGAGUAUUGGAAAGUCCCACCAAGAGUCUGACAAUUCCACCAGGUUGAUGUUCUCAGCCACGUGGUGAGAUAGUUUGGAACGCCGCUUAUUGUGGAAAUAAUGACUUAAGCAUCUCUUCACGCAUGAGGAAAAUACCUGUUGGAGCUAGAAAGGCCAAACUAAGGUUGUGCAAGAUCAGUUCCGAAAUGCUCCAAUUUGUUUAGAUUUAGACUUAUACUCUGAUAAAUAAAAUGAAUAUGUUUGAGCAAAUUCGGGCCACUAUAAGAACUUCAUUUACAGUAAAAGAAAUAAUUUGAGCAGCAUUAUUAACUGCCAUAGUAAAAGUAGUUAACUGCUGUGAAUGGUGCUCGAGACUUUGUUUGACGCUUAGUCUGUUCUCAUAAAGGCUAAAAGCAAAUUUCUGAUGUACAGAACAUUCCGUUCUUUUAUUUUAUUGUCGAGUUUGCCGUGUUGUACUGAGUAGCCAGAGCUUUCCCACGUUGUCCUAGUCAUAUUUUUUGCCCACUAUGCCCCCCUGUGGUGACAUUAACUCAAAUGUUUCUAUUCACUGGACUACAAAUGUAUCACAUUUCAAUCUAUGGGCUUUGACUAAAAAUAGUUACAAAGCGUUGUUGUGGAUGUUAAAACAUACUAUGUACAUUUUCGACUUGUUGUAUGUGUGAUGCUGGAUGAAAAUAAUUUUUGUAUCAGUUGAGGGGUAAAUGGCAGUGAUUUUGUAAAUACAAGCAAUUUGCAAUAAUCUGAA